GGUAACAACGACCGCAUGAUGUCACCCCACGUCCACAGUCGCCGUUACUGCCGCGAAUACCGCAGUAUGCGAGCACCGACUGACGCCUAGAGGAUCCGCCGCCGCCCAUCCCUGCUCUGCCCCCCUCCGCUCGCUCCGGAGAUCGGCCAUGUUGCCUUUCGCGCUUGUUCCGGUAUCAGGCACGAGCGUUUGAGCAGCUCGGCCGCAGUACGACACCGAUCCUCCUCCACUUAAACCCAUUUCACCACAGCCCCGAAGCCAAUCAUGGAUUUUACUAGCUGACUCUGGAUGUUUGUCUUUGGACGCGAGCCCUCAGACGUUUCCUUUCAUUCAAAAACCGUUUGUCACCGGGAUCCAGUGAGUGGCUCAAGACGGUUUCGUGGAUCAUGAGGGUUUUUCGCAAUUGAUCUUUUUUUUUUUUUAACCCGUCUUUGGUUCGCCAGUCCUUCGUUAUCAUCACUCACGGCUGUUUUGUCUUCACAUCCGUGUUUAGUUAAGCGAAGCUCGUUUCGUUUAUCUCAAACUGACGGUUGAGGUAUUUUCACCUUUAUAGACACUUUCUUUUUGAAGGUCGGUAAAAUUGUGAUAUUUGGCUGGUCUAACACGUAAUAUCGCUCGCAGAGAGACCCCUUUCGUUCGCUCAUUCUCUAUGAUUGUCAUUUAUGGGAGGAUAUGAAUUGUUUUUAAACUCUCGCACAUUCGGUUGGGAAGCGAAUCUAAAUGUAAGUGAGCUCCACGUUAGUCUCCCCGAGAAGACUUCAAAUCCUUCAUAAAUCCUCCUCAAGAACCUGCUGCUUAUUUUCAACUGGAGACUUCAAAACAAGUUUUUUUUUCCUCCUCUUCUCCACAUAUGGACUGAUGUUGGGCUUCAACUUGUUGAUCUGUCUGCGUGGCUAGUUCAGGCUAGCUAGCAGCACUGAUUACUUCUGUCAGCUCAGACGAAUAGCUUCUAACGACAAGCUUAUAAAUGCUUGUCAACCACUGAAAACGAUCUUGCAUUUACAUUUCCCCCUUUUGCCCUGUUUUUGACAAUCCCUGGGCGAAAAUGUCAACCCGGCCUCAAGGAGUAGGUGUUAUAGAGACUUCAUCCAGCCAGACUCACUCUGAUGCCAAAGGAGGAGGGCGUCCCAGUGUGUCACGUAGUCGGAAUGUGGCGCCGACGGUGGAUGAAAACCCCCACAUAGGAAAUUACAGACUGCUGAAGACCAUCGGCAAGGGCAACUUUGCCAAGGUUAAACUGGCCCGACAUGUCCUCACUUCUAAAGAGGUAGCAGUGAAAAUCAUAGACAAGACACAACUCAACUCUUCUAGUCUUCAAAAACUCUACCGAGAAGUGAGAAUCAUGAAGCUGCUGAAUCACCCAAACAUUGUGAAGUUAUUUGAGGUGAUCGAGACAGAUAAGUCGCUGUAUUUAGUCAUGGAAUAUGCCAGUGGAGGCGAGGUUUUUGAUUACCUCGUUGCUCACGGGAGGAUGAAAGAAAAGGAAGCGCGUGCCAAAUUUAGACAGAUUGUCUCAGCUGUGCAGUAUUGCCAUCAGAAGUGUAUUGUACACCGAGAUCUUAAGGCUGAGAAUCUUCUACUGGAUGCUGACAUGAACAUAAAGAUCGCUGACUUUGGUUUCAGUAAUGAGUUUACGGUGGGCAAUAAACUGGACACGUUUUGCGGAAGCCCACCAUAUGCCGCCCCUGAACUCUUUCAGGGCAAAAAGUAUGACGGUCCAGAGGUGGAUGUGUGGAGUCUCGGGGUCAUACUUUACACGCUGGUCAGUGGCUCGCUGCCUUUUGAUGGACAGAACCUGAAGGAGUUGCGAGAGCGUGUUUUAAGAGGAAAAUAUAGGGUUCCCUUCUACAUGUCCACAGAUUGUGAGAACCUGCUGAAAAAGUUUCUUAUCCUCAAUCCUACCAAGAGGCUAAGUUUGGAGCAGCAGAUCAUGAAGGAUCGCUGGAUGAAUGUAGGUCAUGAAGAUGAAGAGCUGAAGCCUUACAUUCAGCCCCAACCUGACUACAAAGACCCCAGGAGAACAGACAUGAUGCUUCAGCUGGGUUUUAGUCAAGAGGAAAUAGAGGAAUCUCUCAUCAAACAAAAAUACAAUGAAAUCAUGGCAACCUACCUGCUGCUUGACUAUAGGAAUUCAGAGCUUGACGAGGGUGUCAACUUGUUGCUAAAGCCACGCCCAGGAAGUGACCUCACUAACAGCAAUGGUCCUUCUCCACCUCAUGUGGUACAGCGAAGUGUGUCAUCCACUCAGAAACCUGUCAGAAGAUCAACAGAUCAGGGCUCAUACUCGAAACGGCCUCAGGGAGAAAACAAGCAUAGAGUGGAGGAUUCUGGGAGGAAAGGUUCAGGUAGCUCCACCAAAGUUCCACCCAGUCCAGUUAUCUCCAGCGAACGCAAAAAGAGUUCCACGCCCUCUACUAAUAGUAUCCUGUCCACGGGCACAAGCCGCAGCAGAAAUUCCCCCGUUUCUGAGAGAGCCACUUUAGGAGUGCAAAACGGCAAGGACAGCCUAAACACGCCUGGGUCCCGUGCCUCCACGGCCUCAGCGGGCGCCGUGCUCUCCUCAUCCUCUUCCUCACGCACCCGCCAUCACAAGUCCCUCUCCACCUCUGCCCAUCCCUGCCCCGCAGACCUGCACUCACACCGGCCCAGUGAUCCCCCACAGAGAGCACCUGGUGCUUCCCCAUCAGCCCACAAUAUCAGCAGCGCAGCUGGGACGGACCGUACCAAUUUCCCUAGAGGGGUGCCCACCCGCAACACUUUCCACCUCGGCCAGCAGCGGGGCGCACGGGACCAACAGGGUUCUCCUUACCACGGAGGCCCCGCCUCCCCUUCUCUCUCCCACGGCAACAGCCAACAACGACGACCCGCAGCUUCCGGCAUCUUCAGCAAGUUCACCUCCAAGUUUGUGCGCAGAAAUCUGUCACUCAGAUUCCCCAGAAGUGUGUUCUGUGAUUGGCCCUUUUUUUUCCCUGGUUGUUUAUUUUGUGUGCAGUGUCAUCAUGACCAGCACUUAUAACCAACUUCAGCCCUAAAAACACCACCGUCCUCAACUUUCCACAGUAACACCCAGUGCCUCUCCUGCCCGUCUCCAUCCUUUUAUUUCCCCUCCCUGUCAGUUUACCUGGUGACCUCACCUGUGUGUCCCAGAUUCUGUGUGUGACUAGUGCCUCUGCCUGCUCGAAUAACACAGGGCUUUGAUAACAGGACCUGAUGUCAAAAUUAAGACUGCUAAAAGGAUAUGGUUUCAUGGAAAAAGAAAUCCACAAGCACAGCUACUUUCAUGCACUAUUGUUCAAAAGGUUUGGGUCUGUAUGUUUUUUUUUUAAAGAAAUUAAAAGCUUUAUUCAACAAGGAUGCAUUAAAUUGAUCAAAUGUGACAAUAAAUAUAUUUGUUGUCUUAAAAAGAUUUUUAUACUUUGUAUUCACCAAAUUAUCCUGUAAAAAAAAAUUCACUGUUACCAUAAAUGGUUCUUGAGCACCAAAUCAGCAUAUUAGAAUGAUUUCUGAAGCAUCAUGUGAAACUGAGACCUGGAGUUAUGGCUGAUAUGGCUGCUAAAAGUUCAGCUUUGCCAUCACAGGAACAAAUUACAUUUGAAAGUUUAUUCUAAUAGAAAACAUUGUAAUAAUAUUACUGUAUUUUGAUUAAAUAAAUGCAGCCUUGGUGAGCAUUAGAGACUUUUGAACGCUAGUGUAUGUUGCAAUUGUUUUAGCAGAGGUCAUUUACACCAUGCCUUCCUCAUUUUGGCUCAUAGAGGAAGUCAUUGCUUGAAUAGCUGAGCAAAAAAUGGGAAACAAAAUACUGUUAACAAUUAAUAUGAAUUAUGUUCAUGUAAAUGUCACUUCUAGAAAGCAUGUUGUUAUGCUAAAGGCAGUCUGCCAUUGUAAAUCUAAAUGUUAAUAUCAGAUAUUUUUUAAACUGGAAAUGUAAAAUGAAAAAGGUUAAAGGAUGACAAAGACUGAUGGAUCAAGAAUGGUUAUCUUGUUCUGAAAGUCUUCUGAAGCAUUUCAUCUCUCUUUCUUUCACUUGCUCAUUAACAAUGACAACAGCUACUGAAGCUGAGAACGGCCAGCUAUCAGGCUCUGUCCUGCUCAAACACCUAAAACCAAACUUUCCCCAUCACACUUCUCUCUCUCUCUCCCUCUCUCUGUUUAUGCGCCAUCGUCAGAAUCUGUUUGACUGAUGACUCACUCACUCACACACAGGCACCUGGUGAAUGGACAUCACCAUCUGUCUGAAGUUACUAACCACUUGGGCCACUGGCACAAAAACAUGGAGUUUGAAUUAACAAAGACAUUUUCUUCCACUGACAUGAUUAUGUUGAUAACCUGUGUUCAUGUUUUAGUAACUAAAGGGAUGCGAGGUGCUUAUAUCGUUGUAGAGACCAGCAGAGGGCGUAAGCGAGCAGUUUAUUAAAGGAAAUGUAUGUCUUUGCGCCCUCUGGUGGUCAAACCUGAAGAUUGUAUUUUACGUGACUCGUGUCUGUUGGUGACCAACUGUUCUUUGCAGGACUCGUCAAAUGUACUGGCUCGUGUUUGUUUCAGUGCUUAAACAACUCAAAUGCUGCUUUGCUCGUUUUUUAACCAUUUCGUAUGACGCGUGCUAACAAAGUCCUGUGCCGUUUCUUUCAUUGUCUCACUGUCUGACCACGUGACUGAGUUGGUGUGUUUCUGUCUUCAGUGUGGUGGUGUUUUUUUUUUAAAGUGACUCUUAGCAUAAGGGUUCUGACGGUAUUGUCAGUUAAGGGCCUGUUUGUCUGUGUCUGGUGGCAUGUUCGGGAUGCUUGUGUGCUCGGUCAGACAGACUACAGGGGCAGGUGACUGUUGGAUGCAGUAGUUACCAUGGUGAUGGGGCUCUGUAGAAUCCUUAAGCGCGUCUUGGACAGACCUGCAUCAUUCCACCCUCACUUCAUGUUAUUGAAGCAGUCUUUCUGAUUCAUCUGUUCAUUGGCAUUACACAUGCACUAGUUGCAUACAGUAGAUCAGCUCAGUAACUGUGUUGAGAGUGCAAUUUUUUCGUAAAUAUAUAGAUGUAUAGAUCAAAGCAAUAUCACACAGGGUACUGAGCUGUUGUAUUGAAUGUAUAACUUCACUGCUUUGACUCUUUUGUGAGCAGCAGGCUACAGGCGAUACACUGCAUAAGUAGCAUUGAAAUGAGUUUUAAAAUAGGAAUGAACAAGUGAAUCAGUGGAGUGUGGUGGUUCUGGAGAUGAUUUCAUAACCUCAUGUGGUGCUAGACAGUCCUUGCCCUUCCUGAUCACUGUACUGCAUGAGUUGCACUAGAACUCAGACUAAGACUAAACUCUUGAAUUUUU